AUGAAACACAACACAGCAGUUCUAUUCUGGUCAACCCUGGCCGUGCUUAUUUUCACAAAGUGAGUACUGGAAGUUUGAAAAAAAGAUUCCAAGUUUUAGUUUUGACAAUUUAACGGUCCACGUGGCUUUACCGUUUGUUGUGAUGAACAAAUCUUUUUUACGAUGUCUAUUAUUUGUUUUAUAACUCAUCUCUGUGAUUUCCUGAUUAUUCGCUAUUACUGUAUCUUAAACGUAUUAAAUUGUUCGUUUUCUUACUCGUUUUUCUUCACAGAGGUUUGGCGUCUCCGCUGCUAAAAGCUCUCUCGGUAAGUACAAAAUACAAUUAUGUAGCUUAGGGGAGUUUUCAAAGAGCUAAAUUUGUUUUUCAAAAAUUACGUCAGUUGGACUCUUGACAGGGGUUUUACCCAAUACACGUGGUCACGCAAAUAAACUUCUGCUCGAAGCUAAUCUUUACCUCUCAGACUCGUAGAAAAAUAUCCUUGUACUUGCCCCUAACAUCAAAAUAGACUUAAGAUAUUAUAAAUGGAAGGAAUUAGAAAUACUUCCUUUCCCAUCAGAAAAAAAACAAUUCGUGAUGCGUUCAUGGAGCCAUCCAAACGUCGCGGAGGCUAAUUUUGCAGUUUUGAUUUGUAUUGUCUGGGCAAUUCAUCAACAACAAUGAAAAAUAAACAGUUAUUAUGUAACAGUAGACAUUGCUAGCUCCAUAUCGAGCUAAUCUACGUGCUUUUUGUUUCAGAAUUCUGAGUCAGGUAUAUCAGUAGCCCGUUCUGUCUGGAUAAUGUCCAGGAAUUCAAGGAGCUUGAUAAGAGUCAGAGGAACUUCGGUGGACGGUAAUGGAGUCAAAACAGACGAAAGUGGUAAGCUUGUAUAUUGGAUCACAAACUGUAAAUAAAUCGCUUUCAUGUUUGAGUUGAAUCUAAAAAUAUCAUAUCAGGCAUUUUAUAUCAUAAACUACCCUCUCUGAGUGAGAUUAGACCACCCAAGCGGUUUUGAUAAGUGUACUUUAAGGCCCACAACACGAACUUUAUUUAACCACCACGGUUAGUCGGUCCAAUUAAACUUUGCAAUCGGAUUAUCAUUGAGAUUUAUUGUUGUAAAGAUUGCUUUGUUUUGUUUUCAAAAGUUUCAAUAUUCUUUCGUAUGACAAAAUACCGUUGUACUCGGCGUAACUUCAAAGCAAGAGGCCGAUAAAAGUUGCUCUGUGAAUGGCUUACAAAUCUAGCACUUGUUGCGGCUGCUGAGCAAAAAUUGAUACAAAAGCGCAUUCAGCCAUAAAAGAUUAUGCGUUAAAAUUCGUCUGGAACCGCUGCAUUUGGCAAGCACCUGAGCGUUGCGAAAUCAAGUGGACCUCAGGGAGACAGUUAAGCUUUCUAAUAUUGCCAUUAAAUCCGUAUUAAAGAGACAGAGCAACAAGAGCUCAAGUGGCGGUUUUUCUGACCUGCCGCAAAGAUCAAUAGGUUUUUUUUUCCCGCCAAAAGCGGCGCGUACAUCUGUCCUGUGUGAAUGAAUUUUGCCGACAAAUGUGCAAAUGAAAAGAAUGAAUUAACGGCGGCAAGUUUGGCUGAAAACUAAACCAAAGAAAAUUGAUUUAUCCAUAUAAGUCGUUAUUGUGGAAUAUGACAGCUCUCUCACUUAGUAGAGUUAUAUCCUUGUGCGGGACAAUUUUUUUCGUAUAGAGAAUAAUUUUUGUUUUCACUUUUGGAUUAUUUGGGUAGCACAUUCGAAAAUACCUCAACCUGAUCAAAUCAUUUUUUACAAAUACUGUUUAUAAACAAGAUUAUCAAUAUACAAACACAAGAAUAAUCGUCAAAAUAAAGAAAGUAUCAAAUUUUAUAACUUAAUUUUGCCCAUUCGCGAUUUUCGGUCUCUCUUUUUGUCCAGUUUCCUUAUCGCGCUGUUGAUUGAAUUAACAGCAUUAAAGGUUAUCAACUCUGAGCACUUGUGGGUGUUUUCAGCACCUUAAUGGCUGAAUAAAUGUCUGCACCUUUAAAAGACAGAUGAAAGCCUCGUUCGUGUUGUUGUUUGCAACGGUCCAACAUGUUUGGAAUCUAAAGAAUUCUUGGGCACAAACGUGGGAGGGGAAAUUUUAGAACACCCUUUCACGCACACAAUAUUUACAUCCUUUUAGGGGGAGAUCUUGAUGCCGCAGAAAGAUGUUAGCAAGGGUUCGGGAAUGUUUGAGACAUUCUUAGCUUAGCGUUGCUGGGGCGCUUUCCUCACGUCGGAGCUAAUUUGUGCCGUUUUGUUCUUUGUGUACCUACUUCCGUCGGCUCAGGAAGUUUUAGUAAUGGUAGAUUAUUUUAAAACAGAUUAAAGCUCAUCCGUGAUUCAUAUACGCCCAGAAAGAACCUCAAAUCUGCCUCGCAAAAUAUAACAACUGUUUUGUAUCAUACGAUGUGAAAAUCGUUUUUGUCGAUUCGCCACAGGUCAACCAACAUUUACUGGAUUAUAGGAUAAUUUGGUUUAAUAAACUAAGUUGAUUAUGUAUCUUUUUUAAAGGUUAAGUCAGGAUUUUGAUUUUGUUUUUUUUCCGUCUUAGCCAAGCUAGAGUUGGAAUCGAAACGUUACAACGGUUCUGUAUACGUAAGAAUACGAUCCGUGACAGAAAAUUCCUAUCUCUGUGUCAACGACGCCGGAGACCUUACAGUAGAAGUAAGUUUUCUUUCCUUUUCAUUUUCUUAUUUUUUUCACACCUUGUAACACGAAUAUCUAAAGUGCGUUUGGAUUGAGUGUCACUCCAAAACAAAAUAAUUCAUGGAUAGCUAUUAAGUUCAGGAGUUAACAUUACAGGGAAUCAACUGGAUCUGAAAAAAAAAACGAAAAUUGCGUGGAUUACGCGCUGGAAAAAAAUGAGUGACCCAGUAGCUGUUGGUUUUUGAUUUGCAUUUGAUCGGUUGAGAAUUUGACCAAUCACAGAGCGGACAAGAGAACGAGUGAGGAAAUCUGGUGAGGGCUUACUUAAAGCCCUUACAUGGAUUCUUUCCACAAAUUUUUCUCGAUUUCUGACUAAUUUUUGCUAUUCCUGUUCAUUUGUUUUCUGCAGGUGCACGGAAAUAUUUUUACCCAGUGCUUAUUCACAGAGGACACAUUCUCCGGAUACAGAACAUUUCAAUCGAUCAAAAACUCAACCUGGUAUCUUGGUUUUAAACGAAGUGGCAAAGUGAAACAACCGCACAACACGACAUUCUCCCAAAAGGCAGCACGGUUUGUGACGUAUUUUUCACUCAGUUCAAUUCCUUAA